AUGCUUUUGGAUCGUUAUUCGAAGUUCAUAAUUGAGAAUUCUUCUGUGUUGAUGUCCAAACUGCCAAUAUAUAUAACAGAUAUAGAAGGUGAAAUGUUUGAUGAUGAGAAUCAAGAAAAGUUUAUCAAGCCAUUAAUGGAGUCAGAGCGAAAGGCUAAAAAAGUGAUUGUGGAAUUAAAAAGAGAGAAGAUUAUGAAGUUUUUGGGAAUUUUCAAGAAAUUUGGCGAUACAUUUUCAUAUCUUGAGAUAAGACAUUACGCGUUCGAGACACUUGACCAACUUCGUAUCAUUCUCAGAUAUGCUCAAAAUCUGAAAGUCUUGAAAGUCACCAAAGUAACUUUUCAAAAAGAAGAGAAUAAGUUCCUUAACUCGAUAGUGCAAAUUCCAAAACUUUCGCUGAAGCAACUUAAGGAACUUGAUUGCGUACAUACAGAUCCAAAAAUUUUCUCACUGUUUACCAAUAAUGACGAAUUACAGUUUAAAGUGAUAAGAUUGCGAGUUAGUGGCGUAUCAAAUUACGAGUAUGGAGACUUCAUUGAUAUGAUGAGUCAGCAAAAGCGUUUGCAACAAUUGACGUUUGAGGGAGUGACAUCGAGAAAUUGUGACAUCUUUAGAUAUCUUGACUUUUUAAAUAACGGACUUAAAGCACUUGUCGUUGAAAACUGUUUGUUUAGUGUUUUAGAUGAGAUGAGAAACUUCAUUCAAAUUGUGAAGAAUCAAAAGCAACUCAAAGUGUUGAAAAUCAUCAACACUUCGAUUCCUACAUCGAUGGAUGUGAUGUUCACUUAUCGUUACAUCUUCAGUAAUUACAUUAAUGAAGCACACCUCGAUAUUGGUGAACUUUCAUUCUUCCGCAGUCAUCAUUUCCAUAACCGAUCCAUUAAAAGUUUGACUCUUUAUGGGAAUUUUGCUUUUGAAAAUUUACCAAUUUUCAUCAAUUUUAUCAGGAUGUUUCCAAAUGUUGUUCGUCUCAAGCUUGUCGGCGGAAUCCCCAUUGGUGACAAAUAUUUAUACAAUAUUUUAUCAACAUUUAGAAAUUUGAAGGAACUUUAUUUACCAGGAUUCACAUCUCGUAGAGAUGACUCAAAUUUUUCUAAUCUUUCAUCACUUGAUUCGAAACUUCACACGUUGGUUCUCGAUUACAUCGAUUACGAUGUUAAAUUUUUUGGAUGGAAGAAUAUCGUCAGCAAUUUGAAGUUGAUCAAAAAACUCGUCAUUAAACGAGAUUACGGUAAAGUUUCAAAUGAAAUCGUUGAUGUGAUUGUAAAGACAUUGAAACUGAAACAUCUUGAACUUGGAAUUGGUGUCGUCUCUGAAGAGAUUCUUCGUAAUAUCGUUUACAACAAUUGCUGUGAUGAGUUGAAAGUUCUCAAAAUAGCAAAAACUGACUUUGAGAAAAUUGAAAUUAUUUCCGCAAUUUUUGCUUGGCAAUUAUAA